AUGAACUUUUGUAUUGAAGUUGUGAAGACUUCUGUAAGUUCCGGGGCCGUCUUGAGAAAGUCUAGAACCCAGACUCCAAAGUCAUACAGACCUUUGAAAGCGAUCUUUUACCAGAUGGAAGUGUGGAUGCAUUGGGUUCAGAAGCUUUGUGACUCGCUGGUUAAAGUGGAA